GUGUGGCUUUAAACAGUUGGUAGCAUUCUUCAUCGCACAAAAGCAAACAGAGGAGGACGAGCUGAUUGAAUGAUGAAGUGGGGAGGAUUUGCACCGCAGCAGAAGAUAAAAAGCUGGAUCAGAAGUUGCCCUUCACGCCCCUUGUUUGUUUACCUGAUAAUCGUGUCAGGGCUGAACGAGAAGAAUACAGACACAAACAGAGUUAUUCAGCAGAUUUGCUCCAAGCUCACAUGCUGUCUGCGAGCAGCUGCUCCACUGGCCCCUCCCACAGGUUCACGUCUGCAAGGGGAGGCAAAGAAAGCUGCUUUACCCCGACCACGGGGGGAGUCCCACCAGCUCGCUCGGCUCUGAAGCUCCUGGAGGCCCAGCAGGACAGCAGGCAGGAUCUAGGUGGAGGCAGACUUCUGAUGUCACACCUGUGGGCGUGGCAUUAAGGUGGGCUUUUUAAAGCUAAACCACUUGAAGUUGCGUCGGUGUGAUUACACAUGUGAGAAUCCAGCAGAAUGGAGACUGAUGGGAGCGGGAAAAGGCUUCAGUAGAGAGGGUGUCGAGAAAAAGUAAAGCCCCGUCCCCUCCGGGACUGAGGUUAGAUUCCCAAGGAUUUUCCCCCUGGCACCCCGGAAACCUUCACUUAACCAUGGAGCAGAAGGAGAACCUGCAAGACAAGGAGCUUUCACUGACUGUAGUUCUGCCUGGAGGAGUGGAACAGAUGACAGUGGUUCAUGGAAGCAAACCCCUAAUGGAUCUCUUAGUGACUCUUUGUGCAAAGUAUCACCUGAACCCAGCGAGCCACACCUUAGAACUGGUCACAGCCAACAAGAACAGCAUCAAGCUGAAACCCAGCGCCCUCAUCGGGACUUUGGAUGCAGAGAAGGUCAUCCUGAAAACUAAAGGAGAGGACAAAAAUAAAAAGACAGGCCCUCAGAUGCCUGAGGCAACUGUUCGGAUGGUGAUCAACUACAAAAAGACCCAGAAAACCAUAUUGAGAGUAAAUCCCCGUGUUCCCCUUUCUGAGCUCUUACCAGCAAUCUGUGAAAAAUGUGAAUUUGACACAGAGACUACGGUUCUGAUGAGGGACGGCCAGUCACUGACCCCUUUGGACUUGUCCAAUUCUCUUAACGAUUAUGCAAUACGGGAGGUUUAUGCAAGAGACACAAAAGGAAAAGCGGCUUCUCCUGUUUGUCCAAACUCACCAGCAGGAGUUGUCACACCAGGCAAAGCAAAAAACCUGAAGGAGGAGGAGAAUAAAGGCCUCUUCAGCAUGUUUAGAAAAAGCAAGAAAAAGUCAGAGCAGCCAACGACAGUCAGUGCCCCCGGUUCUCCUGUCCUCGUGAGCAAGCCUCGACCGCUGAGCAUGGCCCUGCCUUGUUCAAACUCCUCCAACUUUGCUGAUGUGCCAAAGAAGAGGCGCGCGCCACAGCCGCCGAACCGGCUAUUUCAGAGGAGCAACUCAGACAUCGGGACCACGCGGAGGUUCAGCUCCGAACCCGGUACCCAGCUCGACCAGGUGGCGGGCGUGAGCCGUGGCUCGUCGGCAGAAUCGUCGCUAAAGAGAACCAAGCGCAAGGCUCCUCCACCUCCAACAAGUGCCGUCGUCCACAGUCCGGUUUCUCAGGAGGAACUUUCACAGGCGAUUGCAGCUCCUAAAACACUGGAGGAGAUUAUGGAGAAGGAGGAAGUGACCUCAGCGUCUGCAGCUCAUAAUGGCGUCCAGGGAGAGGACCGGAGCCUCAGCGUCUCACCGGAGGUCUCACUGCAGUACUUGUCUCCAGAUAUUGAGAUGGAGAGCACGAUGUCAGUGGAGGGCGGCGAGGAAGAUCGAUCUGAUCAUUCUUCGGAUGGCAUUCAAAGUCAGGUGAAAGAUUCUACAGUUGCAACUGAUGCAGGGAAAACGAAUGACUCCGACGUGGCACCAAACAGUGGUUGUCAAAUUCCUGUUGAAGACCCAAGCAAACCCGACAUCUGUGAAGGACCACCGUCUGACGCCACUGACGGUCAGAACAACGCCACCAGCCUCCCUCCAGCCAUCCCGCAGGUUGCAGAGACCUCCGUUCAGACAAACACUGACGCCCCACUGGAACGAGCUGACCUCUUGGGCAGUUUAGAGCCUCAAAGUGCAUCCAGACCUACGGGAGAGGAUGCUCAAGUCCAAACAGAUUUUGAAGAUUUCCCUGCUCCUCCACCCCAACACGCAGACAACAGGCCUGCAUCCGUAAACUCUUCCACAUCCCACACCUCGGAGACUUCUCCAUGCCGAGACUCACCGCCAAGUGCCUCUACUGCAACAAAAGGGACAUCCAUGUUUGCUACAGACUUUGAGCCAAAACCUAAACCUUCUAAUGAGAUUACAAGAGACUACACCCCUAAAGUGGGGAUGAAGACCUACACCAUAGUUCCUCAGAAAUCCCUUGAAAAACUUAGAUAUUUUGAAGUUGCACUGACACUGGAAGCCCCUCCUAAAGCUCCAGCAGAGGGACAAAACGCUGCUUCUCCUCUUUUAGAUGAGAGCACCAAGCAAACGGGAUGGACUGAAGUUUUAGAAAACACAACACAUCCUAACAUACCCAGUAAAGACUCACUGAAUAACACUAGUGCUCAGCACACUUUAAAUGGGGAUAUGUCCCAGCCUUCUUCACCAGCAAGUUUACACAGCACAGACGAGGGCUCAUCCGCAGCUAAUGGAGUGUCUCAAGCAGUUUCACCAGCAGAGCUCAAGGAGAUGAAAAUUCCACCUGUGACCAAACCGAAGCCCACUUCUUUCCGCCUGCCGCAGCUGAAAAAAACACCUGGGUAUUAUGUAACUUCAGCAGCCGAGAAAAGUCCGGGUGCCGGUCCGGGCUUUGGCCUCAAGGAGACUUCAGGGAGUUCAGAGAGGGCAGCCCUGCCACCCCCUCCUCUCCCACCUCCUGUCCAGUGUCAACAGGAAACGGCAGAGGCCGCCGGCGUCCAGCUGAGCCCCAAGCAGGUCGGCGGAAAGGUGGCAUUGUCCAGGCAAGCUAGUCUGCCGCUGAGGGAGUCGAGCACAGGCUUGAGCCUGGAAAAAUUAAGGAGCUUUGCAGCUCCUAAACCUUACUCUCCGUUAAAGCCGUCCCGCUUCGCCCAGGCCGUCUCCUCUGCUGUAAAACGGAGCCAGUCUCUGUCGCACGCACCCAAGUCGCCUCCCUUCAUCACCUCCACACCCACCUCCCCCACUCCAAGUCUCUCAUCAGUCACAGAGACAAGAGGACUGUUCUGUCUGAAGCAGGACUGUGAAAACAGAGCGCUGGAGGGUGACGACUCCAGUCUGCAAAGGGAGGAGGGUCUUCAAAUGGCCGGAGAGUGCAGUCCCUAAAAAUGAGGAGUCCACACAGUCUUCCUGGAGCUCUUAAGAAAUUUACCACAAAAGAGGAAAGCCUCUUCUCUGACUCCUCUUACCUAGCCAGGAUACAUAAAAAUAUGUAUUUUGAUGGUUACUAUUUUGUAUUUUUUCUUUUUUUUUAAUUAAGAGAUAUUAUUGCAUAUUUUAAUGUUUAUUUAGUGAGAACUAUCAUGCAUUUAAUGCAGUGUUUUGAGCAAUCAGAAAUUAGAAUUUCGUAAAUUAUUGCAACUAUUUGGUUUGUAUUAUCUAAAUAAUACAGAAUGUUUAGGACAGAACAGGUCAGGUUAAUGUCUUAUGUUGUACUUUAGGUCUGUAUUUAAGUAUGAGUUUUGAAUGCAGAAAUACAGUGUGUACAGUACACUUGGGUUGCGAUAAAAGUUUCUCCUGUCAGGUGUUUCUCUUGUGUUUCAAGUGUGCUUCUCUCUGUAUUUUAAAAGCCUUUGAAUGCUUAAUAAAGGCCAAUAACUUGAGUGAACUCUUGAGUGGAUGACAAAGAA